GCGUUAAUGGCAACAAUUGGCUCACUUUUAAUGUACAAGCAGUCUCUCUCAAAUUCUCCCAUCAGGCAUCGAAGAAGGCGAAGAAGAAGACGGCCGACUCAGGCUCCAAUGUGUUCAGCAUGUUUGAGCAAUCACAGAUCCAGGAGUUCAAGGAGGCCUUCACCAUCAUGGACCAGAACAGAGAUGGUUUCAUUGACAAGGGGGACCUGAGAGACACAUAUGCUGCUCUGGGUCGUCUCAAUGUUGGCAAUGAUGAGCUGGAUGAGAUGAUGAAGGAGGCUUCCGGCCCCAUCAACUUUACCAUCUUCCUAGCUAUGUUUGGCGAGAAGCUCAAAGGAACUGACCCCGAGGAAACAAUCCUCAACGCAUUCAAGAUCUUUGACACUGAAGGAAAAGGCGUCCUAAGAGGAGAGGACAUCAAAUACCACCUUAUGUCUCAGGCAGACAAGUUCACCGAGGAUGAGGUAAACCAGAUGUUCACAAACUUUCCCCUGGAUGUUUCUGGAAACUUGGAUUACAAGAACCUGUGUUACGUUAUUACCCAUGGAGAGGACAAGGAGCAGGAGUGAAACAGUCAAUAACAACCCUCAAAUCACUUGCCAUCUGAGACUCUUCAACCGAACAUCAUCACAUUUUGUCUUGUUUCACCCACAACUUUCACAAUAAAAGUUUCAUAAGAGUCAUGUGUUCAUUGCUACUGUAUGACCUGGUUUAUAUGGCAUUUAAUCAACAUACUACAUACUCUGGCUGCCAUAUUCAUCAGAAAGAAACACAUGCAGUACUGCUACGUCGUUCCCAAUUCUACAUGAAGUAGAGAUGUCCUGAUCAGAUACUUCCCGAUACUUAUAUCUAUCUAAAUGUUGAUUAAAUAUAUUUCUGACACAUUCAACAGC